AAGCGGCACCCAGAGAUCAAGGCGAGGACCGUCAAGCCGGUCGACUGGAACCGCCAUGAGAAGUACACGUAUGAAAAGAUGACGCACUGGUUCGAAGUCAUUGAAAGGUGCUCCAGGACCAGCCGCGUGAUGUUAAGCAUGCUAAGUUGUGUUGAAGUGCUAGUAGGUAGGGAUGAGCUGCGCGAAUACAGAGGCGCGGGCGUCAAGCGAACUAUAGUGAUAGCCAUUGAAUGCACCAACGCCAAUGGCAGG